AUGAGUCUCCUGUGCAGCUGCGGGAAGCGUCCGGCGGUGGGGGACGAGUUGGCGACGCCGGCGUCCCCUCCCUGGUCGCCGCUGCCCGGCGAGCGCAAGACCCACGGCCACCCGCCGCCCUAUAGCAUAGGCCCCGUGCGGCCCUUCCCAUUAGCCGAGCCCCCUCCACCCGCCCGCUGCUGCCACUGCUUCACCCUGCGCCAGGGUUCGCUCACCAUCUCCUGCCUCUUAACGGUCAUUGCUGUAGCUACUCUGAUUGUAUUUUGUCUACACCCAGGCGAAAAACAAUUUCACAAGAAAAGGGAUUUUGAUACGGUCCGCGUUGCAUACAGAUUGUUUGCUUCCCUAGCUGCUUUGAAGAUUCUGCUGAGCAUCAUGUUACUUAUUGGGAUUCUCAGA